UUGCAUAUCCUCCCGCCGCUAUUGAUUGUUGACCACCGACCAAACUCCCUCUCUUAUUCGUGAUUGCGUUCGUAAUUUAGCAAACUCCUUCGAGGUCAAGAUCCCAGAACCGCCACAGAUAUCUGUGUUUCUUUCGGGAACGGAAAUUAAAUUCCUCCGAUGUCUUCCUACGGCAGAUACAGUUCUCAAUCCUAUGCUCCAUCCGCUCCAUCCCUUCCUGAGGAGCCCUCUUAUAAUAAUGCUCCUACGACUAGCGAGGUGCGUCCUAGUUACUACCCCGCACAAGGUCACGGACAGACCACAGCUUCUCCAAGUUAUCAUCAACAUGGGGGUGGUUACCAGCAAAGUUCAUCUGCCCCUUCAAAUUAUCCCUAUGGCAGUAGUUAUGGACAAGGUUCGGCCAACACUACUUAUGCGAACUACUAUCAGGGGAGCGGUUAUGGACAAGUUUCGUCGUCGUCCGGGUAUCCUAGUUUUCCUCCAGGGACGCACCCUGAUGUAAUAAGGAGCUUUCAGGCGGUCGAUAGGGAUCGAAGUGGGUUUAUUGAAGAGAGAGAGUUGCAGCAAGCUCUAUCUUCUGGGUUUCAGAAAUUUGAUCUUCGGACUAUUCGUUUUCUUAUGUUCCUUUUCAAGAAUCCUAAUGACCCUCUCGGAAUUGGGCCCAAAGAAUUUGCAGCUCUCUGGAGUUGCCUUGGUGAUUGGCGAGCCAUAUUUGAGAGAUAUGAUAGAGAUCGGAGUGGGAAAAUUGACCCAUUAGAACUAAGAGAUGCACUAUAUGGUAUUGGCUAUGCAGUACCAGCUUCAGUUCUUCAACUCCUGCUUUCCAAAUACGGUAGUGGAAGUGGUGGAAGAGUUGAACUUGGAUUCGACAGUUUUGUUGAGUGCGGGAUGAUUAUCAAGGGCCUGACUGACAAAUUUAAGGAGAAGGAUACGCGUUAUACUGGUUCAGCGACACUUUCAUAUGACGCCUUCAUGUCUAUGGUUAUUCCUUUCCUCGUGUCAUAUGAUUGAGAAGCUGUGGCGAUAUUCAUUUCAAGGAUUUAUUUGUUUUUGGUGUUACCUUCAAUUCUUUGAUUCAUGAAUUUCCUUGACUAUAAACGUUUGAGGGUGUAAUAAUUUUCCAUACUUUUGUGUAAUAAGCUUCAUGUAAAUAUUAUGCUAAAGCGGAUAUGCAGAUAUGAAUAAUAAAUACUGGUUUAUGUUUAUGUA